UUUUUUUUUUAAAGAGGAACUCCUCUGCUGUGUGACUCUGUGCAUUUGGCAUGAAAUGGGUAGAUUUGGGUUAUUCCUUCAGAACUUCUCCCACCACUAUUGGGUAGACUGACUCCUUAGGACCUUAGCCUUGUGUUGUGGAGUUAUGACUGGCUUCUCGCUGGGCAGAGGAAAAACAGGGAAGAGCUUCUGCCUGUGGGGGAGGACGAGGAUGGUGGUGUGGCUUUCCACCUGGGGAUUCUGGGCCUCCUUCCACUUCAGUGUUUCAGACCUUGCCUCAUUCCUGUUGGUAUUGUGCCGUGGCAGGACAAGAAACCAAAUCUUCGAUGGCUUCGCUGGUGGCAUAUGAUGACUCUGAUUCAGAGGCUGAAGCUGAACCUGCUGGAAGUGUGAAUGCUCCUGGGCAGAUGAAGGAUGCUUCUGGUGUGGCCACAUCUCCCAGGCAAGACUUUACAUCGGGUAUAAUGGAUGUGACAAACGAAGGGGCACAGGGUACAGAGCAUGGUCCUCAUGAAGAUCCUGGGGAGCAUCGUCUCCCCCUGGUUCGGCUCUGGAGAAGGGAUCCAGGAUCUUGCCCCAGCCAGAGGCUACAAUGGCCUGUGAAGGAGCCGGAAGUCACCUUCCCCACCAGUGAGCCUUCUCGCCCCUCUUCUCUGUGGACGUGUUGUGCUCCUGCUGGCCACAUGCCCCUGGCAGCUGCCCGCCUGAAGCAAGUCAGACUCUCCUGGGAGUCCCCUGAGCCAUCCUUCUGUUCUCCAAACAGAUCUGAAGCCACAGGCAUUUCUUUUCAGAGGAAAAGGUGUGAGGACUGUGUCAUACCAUACACCCCAAAGAGACUGAGACAGCUGCAGGCAUUCAGCACAGAAACAGGCCAGAAGAAAGAUGUGGAGCUGCAGAGCCCCUCUUCAGGUUGUGCUCCCGCCCCUCUCUGUGUGACCCCCAGAGUGUCCGAGUUGAUUCAGCCAUAUUUGAACAGUCAGUGCAGAGAAACCAGGGUGCCCAGGACCGUGCUUUUCCACCUGCGUGGCCAUAGGGGCCCCGUCAACAGCAUUCAGUGGUGUCCUGUCCCCUCCAGGAGCCACAUGCUCCUCUCCACAUCUAUGGACAAAACCUUCAAGGUGUGGAACGCUGUGGACUCAGGGCGCUGCUUGCAGACCUACUCCCUGCACCGCGAGGCUGUGCGGGCUGCCCGGUGGUCUCCCUGUGGCGGGCGCAUCCUCAGUGGCGGCUUCGACUUUGCCCUGCACCUCACAGACCUGGAAACAGGAACUCAGCUAUUUAGUGGUCGAAGUGACUUUAGAAUCACCACCUUGAAAUUUCACCCAAAAGACCACAGUAUUUUUUUAUGUGGAGGCUUCAGCUCUGAAAUCAAAGCGUGGGACAUAAGGACCGGCAAGGUGGUGAGAGGCUACAAGGCAACCAUCCAGCAGACCUUGGACAUCCUCUUUCUCCAGGAAGGCUCUGAGUUCCUGAGCAGCACCGACGCUUCUACCCGGGACUCUGCUGACCGUACUAUCAUUGCCUGGGAUUUCCGGACCUCCGCCAAAAUCUCCAACCAGAUUUUCCACGAGAGAUAUACCUGCCCCAGCCUUGCCUUGCACCCAAGAGAGCCUGUAUUCCUGGCACAGACCAAUGGAAACUACCUGGCCCUCUUCUCUGCUGUGUGGCCUUACCGGAUGAGUAGACGGCGGCGCUAUGAAGGACACAAGGUCGAAGGCUAUGCAGUGGGCUGUGAGUGUUCUCCGUGUGGUGACCUGCUGGUGACAGGCAGUGCUGAUGGCCGGGUCCUGAUGUUCAGCUUCCGCACAGCCAGCAGGGCAUGUACGCUGCAGGGGCACACGCAGGCCUGUGUUGGCACCACCUACCACCCCGUGCUGCCCUCCGUCCUCGGCACCUGCUCCUGGGGAGGUGACAUCAAGAUCUGGCACUGAUCCCAGCUGGGCCUGGGGCCCCCUUCUUCCUCAGGGAAGGGAGUUUGGGCACUGAAAUUGGCUCCACCUGCUGAACCUCUGUUUCCUCAUUUGUAAAGUGGGGACGAGAGUCUGUCUCAGGGCUUUGAAGACGACAUGAGUGAAAGCACCUGCCAGGUGGCCGGUGAUGCCCAAUAAACGUUGCUUUUCUACUUCUUA